AUGGCUGCUGCAAUUUUCCCUCAUCCUUACUAUCCGAUAGACGCCUUGAUCGCUGGGUAUUCUCCCAAUGAAGCGUCAGUCAUCACGCUUCUUACCGUGGCCAGCGUGAGCUCUCUUGUUCUCCUGGGGACGACCUGGUCCUUGGUCAGCCUUGCAAAAUCCAGUUUGCGCCAUGGCGACAGAUUUGCUAUUCUCUGGUUUGUCUUAUCUGGAAGCCUUCAUUGUUUCUUCGAAGGGUAUUUUAUCUUCAAUCAUGAUCGGAUGGGAUCCGGACAGGACUUUAUUGGCCAAUUGUGGAAGGAAUACGCUCUAUCGGAUUCACGGUAUUUGACUUCGGACACGCUGGUGUUAUGUAUGGAGACCAUCACCGUGUUCGUCUGGGGUCCGCUCUGCUACUUGGUGGCGUACUUGAUCUUCACUCAGCACUCCCUCCGGCAUCCAUUGCAGAUAAUCGUCUGCAUGAGCCAUUUGUAUGGAGAUACGCUAUAUUACGCGACGAGUUUGUUUGAUCACUAUGCCCACGGAGUGUCGUACUGUCGGCCGGAGGGUUAUUACUUUUGGAUCUAUUACUUUUUUAUGAACUUUAUCUGGAUCGUGAUUCCCUUUUAUUACCUGUGGCAAAGUGUCGGUACGAUAUCGAACGCUUUGAAAAGUGUGCAGGAGACGACGAAUCAGCGCAAGUCCCGAUAGAGGUCUGUGGUUGGAGAAUCGGGUAUGCGAAUCUAGAACGUUGCGAGCAGGGACCAAAGAGCUCUGCGUACAUACCACGGAAUGCUCCGUACAUACAGCCGGCAGCGAGGAGCCUAUGAUAUUCUGCAACACUCCAAAGUACGGAGUAGUCCGCGGUGGAUUGAAGACUUCAGAAGAGUUAUUUAUGGACACGACAAUUCAGGCUGCGAUCAGGUCGAAACCGGCCCACUCUGGACCCGUAGGCAAAAGAAAAAGAGAAAAUACAGUUAAACUAGGUCUCCGGUAGCACACCGGGUCACAUUCCCAGGUCAUUGCCGUUUUUUUGAGUAC